CCGUUCGCUUUCGUAUUUUCGCGUUAUGCUAACGUCGCACGUUUUUAAACUGCGUACCGGUUUUUCGAAAAAAAGUUUAUGUGUAUAAUGAUAAUUCAUUUAAAACAAAUUGCCGAUUUCCUGCUUCGUUGGUGGACUGUGAAUAUAUUUAUUUUUUAAUAAUCGAUGGUGAUUGUUUUGCGUUGUUAUGAUAUUCAGUUUUCCGAUGAUGCCUACUAAAGCAAUCAAUUUUGGAAUGUGUGCCACGAUGUGUUGUUAUUGUGAACAUUAAGGACACACGUGAAAUAUAAUCACAAAAAACUGGAUAAAGAAAACGUGAUAUGAAUUUGAAAAGAACCGUCGCCGCGAUUGCUUCAGAGAAGCGAUGAAAUUUGAACAGUUUACUGAGCUUGAAUACAGUACGACGGGGACUUCGCCAAUUGUUUGUUUACUUUCCAUUUCUACAUCUACGACAUGAGAGCAUCCGAACGCUGUAAAUAAUGGAGAUGAUUUGCUAACAGACAAAUGCAGUAUUGCCGGUGACUAAUAGCACGUAAUAAAUCUAUAAUACGCGGCAGUAAUAAGGCGUAACCACACAUGUCCCCGAAAAAUGAUUCCGAUAAUAGUGCGCGUGUGGUGCGAAAGCGGGGCUGGUUGGUCGGCGACUGCGGUCCCGGUGACGCCGCAGACGAGCGCGCGCGACGUUCGCGACUGCUGCCGCGAUCCAGGCGACGAUCCCUGUCUGCUACUCAGCGUGCAUCCAUUACAUGGAGUGCACGUGCUGCGGGACUCGGAGCUACCACUAGAAGUUGCGGAGGCGCUGGGACCUGAAGUGCAGUUUGUACUCAAGUACGUCGAUGUCGAGACGGGGAGCACGGAUAAGAGCAAUGGUAUGAAGGAACCGGGAUCACCUGAGGAAUUGCUGGGGGAAGGGGUGGAGCUGACGCUGGGCGAACUGCGCGCGAUGGCGCUUCGACAGCAGCAGCAAAUCGACACGCAGCAUCAGCUGCUCUGCGCCAAGGAGCAGCGCUUGAGGUACCUCAAGCAGCAAGAGGCGCGCCAGCACCAGGUUGCGGUAGAGGGCGAGCGUCUACGCCGGCUGCGGGAGCGCGUGGAAGCGCAAGAGCAGAAACUACGGCGACUACGCGCGCUCCGGGGCCAGCUCGACCGCAACAAGCAGGCUAACAUCGCUCUUAACAGCGACCUCGAGUCGAUCCGCGCGCUGUUCAAUGAAAAGGAGAAGGAGUUGUCGGUGGCGGUGGCCAAGGUGGAAGAGCUGACGCGGCAGCUGGAGGAACUACGGCGCGGCCGCGCACAGCCACCGCCGCCAGCCGCGCACGAGCUUGACAAGCUGCGACGAGAGCUAAUGUACCGUAACAAGCUGAAUGAACAGCAGAACGGUCGGCUGUCGGCUCAGCGUGCGGCGCUGGGCGCUCGGCAGGAGGAGAUGCGCAGCAUUGACCGACGUGUGGCUGAGCUGCAGGCGCGACUACUGCGCAAACGCGCACUCAACCGGCAGCUAGCCGCCGCGCACCGACAGCCUCGUCCGCCGCAGCCGCAGCAGCCGCCACACCAGAGAACGAAUAACCCAACACCAAUGCAGCAACUACCGAGCUAUCCGGCCGGGGCGGGCGGCGCGGGUGGAGCGGGCGGCCAACCAAAGAACCAACCGGCGCGCGGCAACGUGGCCGCCGUCGAGCCCUACAACCAUGUGCCCCACGCGCAGAGCCUUAGUCAUAACAAUAACUUCCAGGCUUUGAAGCAAAACGUGAUACAAAAUAACGUGCCAUUAAAACAGCUCACCCAGAGCGAUAAUAUACAAAGCCACCUCACGCAGCAAGAAGCUCACUACUUACACCAAAAACAAAUGAUGAAUCCUCUGUUCAAUGGCGGCUAUCCGCAUCCCGCGACCGGACAGGAUAGUCAGUACCCCCCGCAAGCACAGUUCCAGGAUAAACAUGAUGCUAACUUCGUCCAACAAGGCAUCGCCAACUACGAUCAGAAACCGAUGUAUGACCUCCUUUUAAAAUAUCCCGAAUACUCAAAACAACCACAAUACAGUCCGAACAGCACCAGCAGUUCAAACAGCAACCAAACGGGAAAAGAAAUAAAAAUCAACGAACAAGAAUUUCCCCCCGAAUUCGCUGCGAGCAAAUCGGACCCUAAAUACCAAACGUUACCUUACAACACUAAAUUUCCACAAGGUAACGGCAAAAUAAAACCUGAAAUGAACGGCAAAGUGGUCGAUGUGCAAGAUGCUAAAAAUCAAAACGCAAAUAUUAAUCACAUGACGGUGCAUUCGACGCCCUUAUCGGUCGUCAACAAAAGCUUGGCUACACCUCUAAGUCAAACGGAAACGACAUAUCAACAAGAACAUACAUAUCAAUUGCAAAAAUCUGACUCUUCUAGCAGGUGUAACCAGGAAGGGAAGGAAAAUCAUGCAUAUCCACAAAACUCUAGGUUAAGUCAGAAUAAUCAAAGCAAUGAAGGUUCUAAAACGAAUUCGGGAAAGAAUCAACAGGGCGUAAAGGGAAGUUCACCGAUUUCGAAUGCCGCCGGCAGUUCCCUAGGAUUCGGGAAACCCGUAUCGAGCGUAGCACCCACAUCGGUUCAGGUCUCGAGCGGGAAGCCAUCACCCAUUUACCAGACAUCCUCGACAAAGAUCCAACCCGUUCAACCGCAAAUCGUUCAAACCCAAAGCAUUACUGUACCGAAUCACGUAGCUAGUAACAUGGUGACUUCCCAACCCCAGAUCGUUAGGAACACGGCGUCAGGGCUCUCGGGUAGCUCUGCUGCGAACCUGAGCGGUCAGAACGCGAGCGCGUCCUCGCAAAGCCUCUUGUUGUCGCCGCCGCAAAGCGCGAGCACGCCGCUCGCUACGCCCGACGUCAGUGGGGCCGACAAGUCCCCCAAGCCCGCACUACCUCCCAAACCCACCAUCAAGACUCCGCCGAGACAAUCUGCAAACAAUGACCAAACUUCUGAGAAUAAUAUUCAAUCGUAUGGUCAGGAAUCAUCAAAUGAUAGCGAACCUGCGCUAAACCAAAAGGAUUCUAGUAACGGCAGUAGCGGAAAUGAAAUGAUCAUCAAAGCACGUCCCCUGACCAUCAGGAAACCUCCAUUAAGCGAACAACCCAAGCUUAGAAACCUCACCAACGCAAAGAAUGGCAUCAGCGUCAGUAUAAACCGACGUAUUGAAAUGCCACCAGCAUUUCUGUUCCCCGAAAUGGAUCAUUUAACACUAGAUGCCAAUGAAAUGCAGAACGGCUUGAAAGAAAAAACGAAAAAAGAUGAAGUCGAUAGAUCAAUUAAUAACAACAUAUCAUUAAGUUCCAACGAAAGACAAGAGGAUAGCAAAGACAACGGUGUGUCGGAUAUCGCGGAACAAAUAAGUUCUGUGGAUUUGAACGGUCAGGAUUCUCAGAGAGCUGAGAAUGUGCUGAGGCGAUCAAAGAAAGGCAACCUGAAGCAAGGCGGCAAGGCGCCGCUCACUAGGCGGGUCAGCUUCGACCCACUCGCUCUCCUCUUGGACGCUAGUUUGGAAGGUGAAUUGGAAUUGGUCAAGAAAACUGCGACACAGGUGCAAAAUGCAAGCGCUGCCAACGACGAAGGUAUCACUGCUCUACACAACGCGAUAUGUGCGGGACAUUUCGAAAUUGUCAAGUUCCUGGUGGAGCUGGGAUGCGACGUGAACGCGCAGGAUUCAGACGGCUGGACGCCGCUGCACUGCGCCGCCUCCUGCAACAACUUGCCCAUGGUGCGCUUCCUCGUCGAUAAUGGCGCUUGCAUAUUUGCAACAACUCUGUCAGAUCAUGAAACAGCGGCCGAGAAAUGUGAAGAGGAUGAAGAGGGCUUCGAUGGGUGUUCGGAAUAUCUUUACAGCGUCCAAGAGAAGUUGGGCAUAAUGAACAAUGGGUUGGUGUACGCGGUGUUCUCGUACAGCGCGGCGCGCGGUGACGAGCUGUCAUUCGAGUCAGGCGCGCGAUUGCACGUUGUACGCAAAGGCGACGACAGCGAGCGUGAAUGGUGGUGGUGCCGCGACGAUAGCGGCCGCGAGGGUUACGUGCCGCGGAACCUGCUCGGGUUAUAUCCAAGAGUAACCGGCCAGCAGGAAUAAUGGAAAUACAAGGCCUAAUUAAUUUUUAAGUAAUCAAGUUGUAAAUACAUUAGCGAUUAUUAUUUUUUAUGUAUUUAUAUCACUCUAAUCUAAUUAAAAAUAUUGUAUACACUUUUAUGAAAUCUAAUAUUUUGUAUAUAUUUAAAUAAAUCCAAACGAAUGAGAUUAUAUUGUACAUUUUAUAAAUACGCGAGUCAUUGUAGUAAUUGGUAAAACAGUUUGUAUAUUAUGCUUAGGACGUUUGCAAAUAUUGUGAAAUACUACACGUAAAUUGACAAUACAAAA